UAAAAACAGUAAUGUGCUCACUACUUUAUUAACUUUAAAAAAAAGUUAGUAGCGCAUGACUUAUUUCUAGGUUGCAAAGUUCGAAGAAAUAAAAAAAAACGUCGAAUCCAAAAAAUGUUAACAAGAUACACAUAAAAAAGCAAUACGAUAUAGGAAAAUUGUUUUAUUUCAGUAGUUUAGUUCCACUAGCUGUGGCACAGCCUAAAGAUAGCUUUAUAAAAAAAAAUUAAACCUGACAUGGCUGUAUGACUUUAGGCUGUUUGCCUCAUAGAUUAUAAAAAAAAAGAAAACGAAAUAAUAUCUGUGGUCAUUUUAUUAGCGCGAAACAUACGAAGUCUACAAUUUGUUUAUUGUAUUAAUAUUGUACAUAAGUACAUAAAAGCUUUAAAAUUAAUUAUAAAAUUGAAAUAAUAAGUUACAAAUAAAUAUGGACAGUUUAAACACUGAAUUAGAUCUGUUUGACGAAGAUAUUUUCAGUCAGUAUGAUUCAAAUUUAGUGGGAAUUUUGAAUACUUCAGACAAUGAUACUAAUAUUAUUGAAGGAAAAAGUUAUAAAACGGAAUUAGGUAAGAUUCCGAUAGAUGAAUCUACUUUACUUAGCCAGAAAACAAUCACAUCCGUAGCUAAAAGAAGUAAGAAAUUUACACCACCUGUAAAGAAUAGUACAAUAAAUACAAAAAUACCCAUACAACAUAAUUUAGUAGAAAAACAAAUUUUCACACAUACAAAUCUUCUACAAAGUCCUAUGGAAAUCGACGAUUUAAAUAUAGAACGUUCUAGUAUUACUGACAUAAUCGAAAAAAGAUUUGAAAAAAGAACACAUAAUAAUUCAAAUACCACGUUCAGUUUAGAUGGACUUUUAUUAGGUUCUUUAAAUUUACUGAAUGACGUUGAAACCGAAAAUGUUUCUCAAGCUUUAUUUACCGAAGACUAUUCACAAGAACAACCAAAAAUGUCACAAGAACAAGCAAAAAUGUCUCAAGAAUCGAAAAAUACAAUACUUUCAUUUAAUUCUGAUAAUUACAAAAUUUAUACAAAUCUUGAUUUGAAAAGUGAAAAUAUCCAAAGCCAAGUAGAGGAUGGGUCUUUUAAAUGUCAAAACCAGAUAGAAGGUUCUUUAUAUAGUACAGAUUGCAUUGAUAUAGAUAAAAAUAAUAAUAUUGAAUUCAACCAAAGUGUCGAUUAUAAAAUACCCACUGGUGAUGUUUUUUUAAAUCUAUUUAAGGGCGGGAAAUGUAUGAAGAAAUUCGAUAAAAUAGUAGCAAUGUCUACUGAACUUGGUGAUAAGGGUUUGAAUGUUAAAUAUUCGGAUUAUAUCAAACAAAUAGGUAACUUUGAAAAAACAUCAGACACUAGUGAUGUCGUUUCGAAGAUUUUGAAAAUGUAUCCGAACGAUAACAAGAUUCGUUUAAAAAUGAAGAAUUAACAUAAUUAUGUAGUGUUUGACUAAUGCUUGUUUGAUGUAAAAUUUUAUUAAAAAAUUAAAAAU